AUGAAGGCGAGCGACGCGUCCUCGACGGCGUACAAGAACGUGACCGAUCCCAUGCUUCUGGUUUCGCCGCCGAUCCCUCCUUGUGAAGAUAAGUUCUUCGUGAAGCUCCCUUGCUACGACUUCCCAAAGUUUGAUCUUUUGAUGUUAAAGGUUCAAUCUUUCAAAGUGCCUGAGGAGGUAGAUUCAUGGUUUCUGUCACAUCCUUUGCAAGUCCCAGGAGCUUUGCAUUUUGCGGAAAUGAAUGCUUCUGUAAUCAGCUAUGGAGUUCAGACAAAUUCCUCGUCGGAAAAAAAACGUGGUCGUGUUGAAGACCCAACCUUUAAGUUCCUUGUUCCUCUUCAAAUCGCUGCAGAGCGUGAGAUCGCCAGGUCCUUAAUCGGAGAUCCAGGUUUUGGUUGGGGUUUUGGAUUUAAGGAAUUUGCGCGCCCAGCUUAUAUAGGUGAAACGAUCUCUGCACUCAGAGUCAUGGGUCCAGUCUUCUUUCUUGCUUUCUCCAUGUUUGGUUUCGUUCUCCAGCUCGGUUCUUUGGUUACCGAGAAAGAGCUAAAACUUCGCCAGGCGAUGACUAUGAUGGGAGUUUUCGACACAGCUUAUUGGUUCUCAUGGCUCAUAUGGGAAGGGAUCCUCACCUUUGUCUCCUCACUCUUCCUGGUCCUCUUUGGAAUGGUGUUCCAGUUCGAUUUUUUCUUGAAGAACAGCUUUGUUCUUGUCUUCCUACUUUUCUUGCUUUUCCAGUUCAACAUGAUUGGCCUAGCAUUUGUGCUAUCAUCUUUCAUUAGCAAAUCAUCUUCGGCUACAACUGUCGGUUUCCUUGUGUUUCUGAUUGGUUUUAUCACACAGAUUGUAUCAGCUACUGGAUUCCCUUAUACCAGCGCGUAUGCUGUUUCUCGCCGGGUCAUGUGGUCGCUCUUUCCACCCAACACUUUUUCUGCUGGCCUUAAGCUUCUUCUUGAUGCAACUUCAACUUCCGGAAGCUCUGGAAUUAGUUGGAGUGAAAGAUCUUCAUGCCAAGGGGGCGACGCAACUUGCGUCAUUUCAAUUAGCAUUAUCUACCAGUGGCUCGUCGGGACAUUCCUUUUUUGGUUUGUCCUGGCCAUCUACUUCGACAAUAUCAUUCCCAACGUGUCCGGUGUAAGGAAACCGAUCUUCUACUUUUUAGCACCUGGUUACUGGACUGGCAAAGGGGGCAACAAAGUGGAAGAAGGGAGCAUUUUUAGCUGGAUUGGGUCAGUUCCACCCAUAGAGCACGUGACGCCAGAGGACCAAGAUGUGCUUGAAGAGGAGACAUUGGUCAAACAACAAGCAAUGGAUGGAAUAGUUGAUCCUAACAUUGCAGUUCAGAUACAUGGUCUUGCAAAGACAUACCCUGGAACAACAAAGCUUGGAUGCUGCAAAUGCACGAAAACAUCUUCUUUCCAUGCUGUAAAGGGUUUGUGGAUGAAUGUUGCCAAGGAUCAGUUGUUUUGUCUUCUGGGACCAAAUGGCGCAGGGAAAACAACUACUAUUAGUUGUUUAACCGGCAUAAAUCCAGUUACUGGUGGCGACGCUCUUAUCUAUGGAGAUUCCGUAAGAAGCUCUGUUGGUAUGUCCAACAUCCGUAAAAUGAUAGGAGUGUGUCCUCAGUUUGAUAUCCUUUGGGAUGCUUUAUCAAGUGAAGAACACCUCCACCUCUUUGCUAGCAUCAAAGGGUUGCCACCUGCAUUGAUCAAAUCGACUGCUGAGAAGUUACUGGAGAAUGUGAAACUGACAGGAGCGGCGAAAGUUAGAGCAGGAAGUUACAGUGGUGGUAUGAAACGGCGACUCAGUGUCGCAGUAGCACUCAUUGGCGAUCCCAAGCUGACAACAGGCAUGGACCCUAUCACGAGGAGACAUGUGUGGGACAUUAUACAAGAGUCAAAGAAAGGUCGUGCCAUCAUACUAACUACACAUUCUAUGGAGGAAGCUGAUAUAUUAAGUGAUCGAAUAGGGAUCAUGGCUAAGGGCAGGCUCCGCUGCAUUGGGACCUCAAUCAGGUUAAAAUCCCGCUUCGGCACGGGCUUUGUUGCCACUGUUAGUUUCAUCGAUGGCAAAAAGGGCAAUACAGUCCAUGUUGGACUGAAGAAAUUAUUUGAAGAGCGUCUGAAAGUUGAACCAGCAGAAGAAAACAAGGCUUUCAUGACUUUUGUUAUCCCACACGACAAAGAGAAACUUUUGACGGAGUUUUUCGAUGAGCUACAAAACAGAGAAUCUGAAUUUGGAAUCUCGGACAUCCAGCUCGGGCUUGCCACUCUUGAAGAGGUGUUUCUGAACAUAGCAAGACGGGCAGAGCUAGAAAGCGCAACCACAGAAGGAACCAUGGUCACUCUGGAGUUAGAAUCAGGCAUUUCAGUAGAGAUACCGGUGGGAGCAAGAUUCGUUGGGAUCCCUGAGACAGAAAACGCAGAGAACCCAAGUGGAGUAAUGGUGGAAGUGUACUGGCAACAAGACGGGUCUGGAUCGAUGUGCAUCUCAGGACACUCAUCGGAGAUGCGGGUCCCACAGAAUGUUUCUGUGACACGUCCACCAUCACCAAAUGCACUAGGACAUAAAGGGCUACGACAAGGGAUUCGGGGUAUCGUCAUCGAUCUAUGA